UGAAAUGUUGGAUUUAGGGUUAGUUUUUGGGGUAGCAUUGUGAUGAAAGCAACGCUCAUCCGACUAGAAUUGGCCGUAGCUGUAUCAACCUCGAUAGCGAAUCGAAAGUACAGCUUUUUACUCACUCUCGCGGUACUUUGGUUGCAUGAGGCGAUCCGUCUGCGCAGUGCUGCAUGAAGUCGAACACGCCUUUGGUUUUGCAGUAUCACCUGAUGAAGUUUGAAGUCAUAUGACCGUGAGUGGAAGGGAAACUCAAACACCGUGGUCGUCAGGUCCAGUGGCAGUGCGGCCGUUUAAGUUUAUCUAAUCGGUUAUAAAAUGUUUUCUUGGCGUUUUUUCUUUUGUCUUAUUGCCUUUUCUGUGCCCGAUGUAUUCGGGAUGUACGAUCCCGAUGAGGUGCUGGAUCUACCAGGCAUGUCUUUUAAACCCAAUUAUCGCCAAUGGUCAGGAUAUCUGAAGGCCAGUUCUGGCAAAUUUUUGCACUAUUGGUUUGUGACCUCUCAGAGGGACCCCAUUAAAGAUCCAGUCGUGCUGUGGCUGAAUGGAGGGCCGGGGUGCAGCUCUUUGGAUGGGUUUCUGUCAGAAAAUGGCCCGUUUCAUGUCAAUGAUAAUGGAGCUAGCCUUUAUGAAAACGAAUUUAGCUGGAAUAAAAUUGCCAAUGUUCUGUACAUUGAGUCACCUGCUGGAGUAGGUUAUUCCUAUUCGGAUGACCAGAAAUAUGCGACCAAUGAUGAUGAGGUGGCAGAUAACAACUACCUGGCUUUGCAGAGCUUUUUCGCCAAGUUUCCGAAUUUCACCCAGAACGAGUUUUUCAUUUUCGGUGAGAGUUACGGAGGCAUUUAUGCACCAACGCUCAGUCUGAGAGUGGCUACGGGUGGUCAACUUAAAGUAAACUUUAAGGGCUUUGCUGUGGGAAAUGGCAUUAGUAGUUUUGCACUGAAUGACCAAUCGCUAAUCUACUUCAGUUACUAUCAUGGCCUCUUUGGAGAACAGCUAUGGAAGGACCUGAAUGAAAAUUGUUGUCAAAAUGGAGUCUGUAACUUCUACAACAAUUCUAAAGAAUCUUGCUCUGCUUUGGUAGCGCAUGCAUUUAAUAUAGUGUAUAGUUCUGGAUUGAAUGAAUAUGCGCUGUAUCUUGAUUGUGCUGGGGGUGUCAUAUCUCAGAGGAACUAUGCUGCGAAUCAUCUGUUUAAAAACUUUAGGAAGCAUUGGGAAUCUAAUCACUUAGUGAAAAUUUACCCAAAUCUUAUGGGGGUGCCUCCGUGUAUUAAUAGUACAGCACAGAUGAACUGGCUUAACCGAGGAGAUGUGAGGAAGGCGCUGCACAUCCCCGAUGUGCUACCACCAUGGGACAUCUGCAGUGAUGUAGUAGGUAGCCAGUAUAACACAGUCUACCAAACUGUCAAGGGUGUCUAUGAAAAGCUGCUGGCCUUAGGGUUAAGAGCUUUGGUUUAUAAUGGAGAUACUGAUAUGGCUUGUAACUUCCUUGGAGAUCAGUGGUUUGUCGAAGACCUUGGACAGAAGGCAACCACACAGUACCAGCGCUGGAUUUAUGAUAAUCAGAUUGCAGGAUUCUAUCAACAAUUUGGCAACAUCACUUUUCUGACAGUCAAGGGUGCUGGCCACAUGGUUCCUCAGUGGGCUCCUGGUCCAUCUCUCCACAUGCUAGAGAGUUUCCUGUCUAAUAAGCCUUACUGACCUUCUUCUUAAAUCAUCUCAUCUGAUUUUCAAAUGUUGAGCUGGAUGGCUUUUUUAAGGAACUGUGUGAAAAUACGAUUCUUCUCAGGGACUGUAGAUGUAUGGAUUUUUAAAAAGCUUUCCUUUGAACACUCUGGGUGGAUUUAAAAGCUUCCAAUACCAUACCAUACAAUAGAGAUUUUGAUCAGAACUUGUUUUACUCCUGAAAUAACCAAGACAAUUGCACUUUUUAAAAAAAUUCACAGUCUCAAUCUCAGUUUUGUAUAUAUACCAUAUACAUAUACAUGCAUAUAUACAUACUAUAAUUCUUUUAAAAAGCAUAUAGUUAAAAUACGCAAAUUAUGUCAGUCUUACUCACACUUUAAGGUACUUAAGGGGGAUUUUGUUAAUUGCUUUUUUUAAUUUUGUGAAAUAAAAUUCUAAACAAACAUUAAUUUUAUAUUUAUUGUAUAUAUUACUUAAGGGUGUAUAAUAUAAAAUACUAUUUUUAUGAAUAUUAUUUAAAAAACAAGCCAAAACUAAAUUCAAAAUGGGAUCAAUCUUAAAAUUAUUUUAGAUGUUGGUAAUACUAAAUAUUGUUUAUCAAAGAUGAGUAGCUUUAGAGAAAUGCAAGUGGGAGAAGUUUACGUACAUUUGUGUGAGAGACUGGGCAAGAUGUGGAUUUAGGAUCGCUAGGUGGCAGUAUAAGGUGGGUUGCAAACCAGAAAUGCAGACGAAGAAGAAACGAGUCGUCUACAUGCGGUUGCCGACA